AUGUCUCAAAAGCUUCACCUAGAAUGUGUACAUUGCGGGCGAGUGAGAUGCAACAACUGUCAGGGGGAAAAAAUCCCUUUAUGUCGAAACCCUAAGAAGGACAAGCACAGUACAUGUACCAAUAACAAUGAGGCUCUGCAAGGUAGUGCCAGCCACGGAUUUGAGUUGUUGCAUAGUACGACCCAUACAUCAGCAAUCAGCAGAGCCGCGUCACUACCACCUGAGGAGGCAAUUGAGGCUCAAUCACCUUUGAGACAGUUGUCCUUUACCGAGGGAACCCUGACAGACAUCCCCGAAUUUGCGGCUCUAAUUCAUUUGGACCAGGAUAGGGCCGACCCGAUCAGUACCAGGUUCCAACAAGAAACCAGCGGGUUGGGUCAGGCCUAUGAGGGCGAGCGCUCACCCCGUAGCAAUGAAGAGGAUGAGAAAGAUACUUUCGAUUUUGGGGCUUUUGACAGGGACACGAAUUCCUUCUUCGGCCCAGUGUUAUUUCCCGAUUCUGAAAGGCUCGGGGGUGCAGUUAGCUGGUCGCAAUAUGAAUCGGGUAAUGACAAGAUAGAGACAUGUGGUACUGGUGAAGGGCAACGGGCAAAGACGGGCAGCGCAGAGGGUUUCGACCCUGACGGAAUCGACCCGUUUGAGGGAUUGAAUUUAGAUCCAGCUUACAACUCAGAUACUUAUUCCGUUGAACCUCAAAUAUCCGUACCUAUCUUCGCCUCGGACAUCAAUACAAUCGAUCCCGCGCAAUUUCCCAAUGCGUAUCCGUUUCCGGCUCCGUGGACAGGCUACAACAUUGGACAUACCGAGUUACCUAUGCCAUCCUUUCCAUACGAAUCUUCAGACUUAGCUAUGAAUGGGAUUCCAAACACUGCCCCUCAAUUGCCAGAUAUGGAGUCAUUAAUAGAUCAAAAGGAAGAAUUCCAUUGCCCUCGGAGCCCACCGCACCACAAUGGCGACGAUCGUCAGCUAGGUGCCAACAAGAGACAGCUUCAUCAGGGAAAUCGGGAAGGCAGUCCCGACAGAGCAUGUGAAUCGUGCUCGUUAACAGCUAGCAUCGAUGAGAACACGCCUCUUGCGUGUCUGUUCUACAAGCGCAAUCCGGCACGGUAUCCAAACUGCAUUAAAAAGACGUUCAAAAGCAUUGGCCACCUUAGGCAGCAUUUGAAUCACGAUCACAAAUUAGGGGUCUAUCACUGCAAAAACUGCUGGGAAUCUUUUGCGGAUCAAGAGUCCUUGGAUGCGCAUGUGAUGUGUGAGCCAACGCAUGGCAGUUCCGUCGACGAUCUCGGGCGCAUUACUAAAACCAGACGGACUUUCAACAAUAAAUGGUAUUGGACUUGGAGAAAGCUUUUUGGAAGAGGGACUGCUCCACCAAAGUGUCCAUAUUCGCAUCCUACUCGGGAUAUGGCAAGUCACCUAUUCAGCCAGUUUCUUCAACAUCUUACGGCUCAAGGGACGAAUCUAGAUGUCCGCGGAUUUGAAGAAGCGAUCUCCCAGUGGCUAGCAUCAUACCACGAACCUUCAAACGAUACUCGCUAAAUUGAUGCAAAUACUACUGCUACCAACACAUAGAUAGCACCUGCGUAUAAUUUCCUUUCUGUGGAUUUACA